AAAUCUGAGCGUCUUCGUCGAGCUCUCGGUGCAAACUGCUCCGACGAAAAUAUAGUGAGAAUACCAAACUGCUUCGGCGAACUCCACCAACUCCAAUCGGAACUUCGUACCCUACAAUAUAUUCCUUCACCAUAUUCCUCCUCCUCCAUUUGCACCCUCCCUAUUGACGAAGUGGAAUUUGAAAUUCCGACAUUCCCUAACAAAUCCUGGUGUUUCACAGUUACCCAACUGGUAAAGCAGUUGCACACUAUCCGAAAUCAGAUCCCUUCGAUGGACAAUGAAAACCCGGCAAGAGGCUGAAACUGGAAAACAGAAUAUGAAGUUUAUCUUUCUACAGACUAUGAUUCUUUAACUGUAUAUUAGCGUCAAUAGGAG